CUCGGUUACAAUUACGCCAUGGCGAGGGAAAGUAUUAUUAAAUGAGAGAGAAUUUUAAGAGUAAAUCCACUUCCUUGAGAUAACAGCAUGGCUCAAAUUAUUGUACGCGUGCAAUCCCGCGAAGGGACUUCAAGGAUAAAAUGUUCGCAAACCGAAACUAUCUCGUCAUUCUUAACUAAGAUUGUAGAGGAGCUUUCCCUUCCAAGAAGAGGAUGGACACUAUUUCUAAAUAGAAACAAAACUGGAGAAAUAAAGAACUCUACAAGAAAAACUUUAGCUUCACUUGGAAUAAGGCAUGGAGAUAUGCUUUUCUUGUCUCGUGAAGCUUCACCAGUUGAUAAUGAUAUGUCAGGAGUAAAUUCUGUUCCUUUGACAUCUUCUGCAAACCUAGCAACCUUGGCAUCAUCCAAUAGCAUCAAAGAGGAUGAAAUUGAUGUUUUUCUUUCCAAGCAAGAUGGUCUGAUUCACAGAGAUCGAGACCCACAACUGUGUCAUCAUAACCCCAACAGCAAAUGCAUCCAUUGUGUACCACUAGAGCCAUAUGAUGAAGAGUAUUUAAAGAAUCACAAACCUCCUAUCAAGCAUAUGUCUUUCCAUGCAUUCCUGAAAAAGAUGGGUGGAGGCACAGACAGAGGCAAGUUUACAGUACUGGAGGAUACUAGCUGCAGGAUCAAACCAGGAUGCACAGAGCAUCCACCCUGGCCUGGUGGAAUUUGUACAAAGUGUCAGCCUGGUGCUAUUACACUAAAGAGACAAGUUUACAGACACGUGGACAACAUCCUUUUUGAAAAUCCCUUUAUCGUGGAACCAUUUUUAAACUACUGGAGAAAGACCGGAAAUCAGAGGCUGGGAUUCCUGUAUGGCCGUUAUGAGCUCCACAAGGAUGUACCCCUUGGAAUACGAGCUUCAGUAGCUGCCAUUUACGAACCCCCACAGGAAGGCACUCCAGACAGCAUUAAGCUCCUUUCAGACCCCUCCGAAGCCAUAGUUGACAAGCUGGCUGCUGAUCUCGGCCUUCAGAAAGUGGGCUGGAUCUUCACAGACCUCGUCGCUGAGGAUGUAAGAAAAGGCACAGUGAAGCAUCUACGGGAUAUAAACACACACUUUCUUACAGCUGAGGAAUCCAUCUUGGCCGGUCAAUUACAAAAUCAGCAUCCAUCACCGUGUAAAUUAUCUUCAAAUGGCAAGUUUGGCUCAAAGUUUUCCACCGUUGUUGUGUCAGGUAACACGGAUAACCAAGUUGGUUUUGAUGGUUUUCAGGUGUCCAAUCAGUGUAUGGCGUUAGUUCGUGACGACUGCCUGGUACCUACUAUAGACGAACCAGGUCUCGGCUACGUCCGGGAAUCUUCGAGCGAUCAAUAUGUCCCGGAUGUUUUCUAUAAGACUGCUGACUCGUACGGUAAUGAAGUGACUCUUUUAGCUCGCCCUAUGCCUAUAGAAUAUCUGUUAGUUCAGGUGCCGACUGCUUUUCCUGUAGAACCUCAGUUUACUUUCUCCAAUCAAACUCAGGGAGAACCUUUUCCGCUAGAGAACCGCUCAAGUAUGGGAGAAGUUCAGGAUUUUCACGCGUUAGUGAGAUACUUAAACCAGUUCCCAUCUGAUGAGUUCCUACCUACUAUGUCCAAUUUUCACCUCCUAGUUUUUCUGGCAACUUCCGACAUGCUUCCUUUAAAGGAUCACCUAGGAGAUCUGUGUACGGCGAUCAGAAACAAAGAUGCUGAAUUGGCUCGGCGCUGGAGUAAAAGUGAACAGUGGUGCACAGUGAUACAGCUUAUGCAAGCUGCAAAUGCCCCCUCGCCAGAGCCACGAGGAUCAGGGGACGUGGACAUGGUUGAUAUGUCCCAUUCCCCAAGUGGUGCAGGCUGGUCGUGCAAGCACUGUACGUUUAUGAACCAACACGGACACGAGAACUGUGACAUGUGUGGCUUGCCUCAACACUGAGAAAAGUGAUUAAAAGUUUGUUGGAAAUCAUUAUUGCUAAAAGUCAAGAUGAAGCUGCAGGACAGACAACAAGGCACAGAAUUCAGAUAAUUGUCUAGUUCGGCUCCGCUGAACAUAUUUUGGCUUUUUGAGAAAUUCCGCUAAGAACGUUUCUAUUUUAUCGCCAGCGGAAUUGUUAACGACACCGUUGAAAAUACAUCUCUACUUCUCUACACCAUAUUUAAGUGAAAAAUAAUUUCUGAUACAGCGAAACAGCGCGUGCUGAAACCAAUGAAGAUAUUUCAGACGUUCAUCUACUGGUGUGGUGCUCUAUACAGUGAAUGAAAGGGUGUGACAGAGAUGUUUUGUGGAACCAAAUAAAGCAGUCAUCGUUUCUGAGA